UCUGUGCAUCGAUCUGCCACUUUUCACCAUUUUUCUCGGCCCGCCUGGUUGGGAUUUGUUUUGAAGAAUUUAAUUAGAGCGAAAGCGCUGCUUUUUCCCCUUUUAUAACUUGCCUACGAGUAAAUUGGACUAAUAAAUCUGAAAUUACAUUAAAAAUGGCUGAUAUCGUUCUACAAGACCAGGAGCAGCAAGUUAAAAAAUUGAAAAGAUUUUUAGAGGGCUGGCGUGUAGCCCUGAUACCGCUAAAAUCAAUCAUUUUAUGGGAGCAACAAUGGCAUCCAUGUGCUAUAAUAGGCACAGUCUCAUUUCUGUACCUUUUAAUUUGGCUACUGGAUAUGAGUUCUUUGGCUACCUUUGCUUUGGUAGGACUCAUGCUGAACUUUGUUGACUUCAUCGUCCCGGUCAUAUGUAACUCACUCUACGGCCCAGCAUCCUGGACUGGCCAAAAGGAGAAGAUGUUUGAAGAAAUUUGCCGGAGUAUUGUAGUACACUACAACAAAACAUUGAACCAGAUUAGAUCCUUUUACUCUUUGAGGGAUACCAGUCCAUGCAUGUACUAUAUAAUUUCCAUCAGUAUGCUGUGCACCUUGGCUUGGAUUUCGUCAUCAAUCAGCAACAUUUUCCUGUUGUACAUUCUCUCGACGGUGAUGCUUCUGUGGCCCGGCAUACAGCACCGUGGUAUCUUCAACGCCUUUUUAUCUCUUAUUCACAUGGCACCAAAACUGGUCAAGUCAGAGUAGGAUGUGCAAACAUUAAUUUAUUUUAGCUUUUAAAGGUGUAAUGAGUCUGGUCAGUAAGAUUUUAAGUUAAGCUUAGCUUAUUCAUUACUUUAUUGAGCUUUAAAAUAUAUUGUGUGAUAUUAUUGGUUAAAUUAAAAAGAUGUAUCUAA